UCAUCUAUAGCUGCCAUGUUUAUCUUAGCCUACACUUUCAUCUUUCUUAUGUGUAUGAUUGGCAACAUGUUGGUGUGCUUCAUUGUACUGAAGAAUCGUCAGAUGCGUACAGUUACCAACAUGUUUAUUCUGAACCUUGCAGUCAGUGACUUGCUGGUGGGAAUUUUCUGCAUGCCAACAACUUUGGUGGACAACCUUAUUACCGGGUGGCCUUUUGAUAACAUCAUGUGCAAAAUGAGUGGUCUUGUGCAAGGAAUGUCUGUCUCUGCAUCUGUCUUCACCCUAGUGGCAAUUGCAGUGGAAAGGUUCCGAUGCAUUGUCUAUCCAUUCAGACAGAAGCUCACUCUACGAAAAGCCAUAUUCACCAUUAUUGUUAUUUGGGUUCUAGCUCUGAUUAUAAUGUGCCCAUCAGCAGUCACUCUUACUGUGACCAGGGAUGACUACCAUUUUAUGGUAGAUGACUACAAUAACUUCUACCCUCUCUACUCAUGCUGGGAAGCUUGGCCAGACAAGGAAAUGCGUAAAAUAUACACAACUGUUCUCUUUUCCCAUAUUUACUUAGCUCCUCUCACCUUGAUUGUUAUCAUGUAUGCUCGCAUAGCAUUCAAACUCUUUAAGUCUUCUGCCCCUAUUCGAGGAUCUGUGUCUGAAGAACAUGAAGGUCGGAGAGUUUCCAAAAGGAAAGUAAGGGUAAUAAACAUGCUGAUCAUGGUUGCAUUGUUCUUCACGUUGUCUUGGCUCCCCCUCUGGACCCUUAUGCUGCUUACAGAUUAUGGAAAUCUAAGUGAUUUUCAGUUGAACAUUAUUGCUGUGUAUAUUUUUCCGUUUGCCCACUGGUUAGCCUUCUUUAACAGUAGUGUCAAUCCUAUCAUCUAUGGUUAUUUUAAUGAGAAUUUCCGACGGGGUUUUCAGGAAGCCUUCAAAGUACAGUUCUGCUCAAUUAAACGAGAGCAUAAGGAAACAUAUUCAGAGAGAAAUAACAGUGGGUUUGUAUUUGGAGUACGUAACCGGAUCUUCGUGGAAGUACAACCCAGCGAUUCAGCUCAAGGUUCAGACUCCUGCAACAGUGCCACUGCCAAAGCUGGUAUAUUCUCAUUAAGAAGUGGAAGAAUUGCUCAUCAUGGAUUGGUGGUUGAAGAAUUGGAAAAUAAAAGCUCUAAUAAUACUGUCAGCAUACCAGCAUGGGAUAUAUGA